AUUUCGAGACCCGAUCCACCUAAAAAUUCCUCACAUUUGUUCCAAUUGACGAUGACUCUUUGCUGACCCUUACCUUUUUCACCUAGUAGUUUUUUUAUUGAUCGUCUAGAUAACCUCCCGCCCCACGAAACCUUUUUUUUCUUCCCAUUAUAUUCUUGAUUUUCCCUAAGCACCCGUCCGUCUUUUAUCCUUUUUGCCCGCACGGUAACUUCGCCGUUGGUCACGAUCUGAUGGCGUCGUCCUCAAGGGCAUUAAGUCGGCUCACGGGCUCGGCUAGCAGACAGUUGUCUGUGCAUGCGAAUGCGCCCGCCGUCAACUUUAGUACGACGUCAUGCCCGCGAACCCCAACUUCCGCCUCCACUGUUGUCGCAAGAGCACGUGGAAGAGCGACAGUCCUCCCUCGCCAAUUCACGAGAUCCUAUGCCGAUGCAGCUCCGACAAAGAAGCCGCGCAGAAUUCGUAACACCUUGAAGUGGACAUGGCGAUUUACCUACCUAUCCCUCAUCGCUGGUGUCGGUGCCGUCAUCUAUGAUGGCUACUUAGACCGUCACCCGGAAGAGCAAUACAUCCCUGACCCUCAGAAGAAGACCUUGGUGAUCCUUGGUACCGGAUGGGGUUCCGUCGCCUUACUCAAGAAGUUGGAUACUGCCAACUACAAUGUCGUUGUUAUCUCGCCCCGUAACUACUUCCUAUUCACGCCUCUACUGCCCUCUUGCACUACCGGAAAUAUCGAGCACCGCUCUAUCAUGGAACCCGUCCGUCAAAUCUUGCGCCACAAGAAAGCCGCUGUCAAGUUUUACGAAGCUGAGGCCACUCAUAUCGACGUCGACAAGAAGGUUGUCAAGAUCACCGACAACAGUGAUAUCAAGGGAAAAGUCCACGAAACCGAAGUCCCUUACGACAUGCUCGUUAUUGGCGUGGGUGCCGAGAAUGCUACAUUCGGUAUUCCUGGUGUCCGUGAGCACAGCUGUUUCCUAAAGGAGAUCAAGGAUGCCCAGGCUAUUCGUACCAAGAUCAUGGAUUGUGUCGAGACUGCUGCUUUCAAGGACCAGGAACCGGAUGAGGUCGAUCGUCUUCUCCAUAUGGUGGUCGUUGGCGGUGGCCCUACCGGUGUCGAGUUUGCUGGUGAGCUGCGGGAUUUCUUCGACGAGGAUAUCCAGAAGCUUAUCCCCGACAUUGCCCCGCGGUUCAAGGUCACCCUGAUUGAGGCACUACCCAACGUUCUACCUAUGUUCAGCAAGCAACUCAUCGAUUACACCGAGAGCACCUUCAAGGAGGAGCACAUAACCAUCAUGACUAAGACAAUGGUGAAGCGGGUAACCGAUAGGGCGGUCGAAGCUGAAGCUAUUGGUCCCGAUGGCAAGAAGAAACUGAUCACCAUCCCAUUCGGCCUUCUCGUGUGGGCCACCGGCAACACUGUUCGCCCCAUCGUCAGAGAUCUCAUGGCCCAAAUCCCCGCCCAGAAGGACUCGAGACGCGGCCUUGCUGUUAACGAGUACCUUGUUGUUCAGGGAGCCAGGGAUAUCUGGGCUGUUGGUGACUGCGCCGUCGCCGGAUACGCGCCAACUGCUCAAGUCGCCUCUCAGGAAGGCGCUUUCCUCGCUCGGCUGUUCAACAACAUGGCUAGAACUGAGGAUCUAGAGCAAAGGGUCCGUGACCUUAGCUCCGGUCUGAACCUCAAGCCUGGCAACACACCAGAGGUGACACAAGAGAUUGAAGAGACUGAGAAGCAACUUCGCCGUAUCAAGGACGUCAAGCCUUUCCACUACUCCCACCAAGGCAGUCUAGCUUAUAUCGGCAGCGAGAAGGCUGUGGCUGAUGUCGCUUGGUUGAACGGCAACGUCGCCACUGGUGGCAAGCUCACCUAUCUCUUCUGGCGAAGCGCUUACUUGAGCAUGUGCUUCAGCACUCGCAACCGUGUUCUCGUUGCUCUUGAUUGGGUCAAGGCUAAGCUCUACGGACGAGACGUCUCCCGAGAGUAAAUGCCACUACCUAAUAAUACCUAAUCUCACCCCAAAGCCUUCCGACCCAUCUCGAGAUUUUCCUAUUCGAAUCGGAUUUGAUGAGUUUUCUCUUCCAUGGGUCCGGUCACCUUGUAUAUCUCGCCUUCGCGGAGUUUGGAGAAGUGCCAGCAAGACACAAUACUACGAGAACGGACUGGAAAGGACUGGUUUUUC